GUGCUCUGUACAAAGGAAAGUUUCUCUCUUUUCUCUUUGGUUUUUCAUGCUCUCCCAUCUCCCAUUUCCCAUUUCCCAUUUCCCAUCUCCCAUCUCUGUCCUGUAACCCACCACCCAGAAAAAAGAUUGGGUGUGUUGUUUGAUAAUUGGUUUUCCAGGGAAAAAUAAAAAUAAAAAUCAGGCAUUCCUCUGUUUUUGCCUUUUUCCAAUUAAAAUUACUUUCUUGUUACAAUGGACUGCAAUGCAUAAAUGGUUCAUAUGUAGACACACAUCUCGAGGGUCCUUCUCUGUAGCAUUAGCUGUAGCUUAUACUAGCUGUAGCAGAUUCCUCUCUCUCUCUCUAUAUGCUUUUUCUACGUUUUGCUUUUCUUUGGUAAUAGAUACUUUCAUCAUCAUUACCAUCUCUGGAAAAUCUUGGUCUCAGACACACGAAAAGGAGUCUGAGACGCUCACAGGUUUUCCAUCUAAUGGCUUUCAGUCUUUUCAGGUUCCGUUAAUGGCUUCGAUUUUAUGACCAUUUCCCCCAACGACUUCUCUUGUUUGCCCUGCUUCUCUCUGUCUUUCAUGAAAACAACUAGUCCUCUGUUUUUGGCUCCCAGUAGAGUGUGAAAGAAAGUCCUACCGUUUCCUCUCAUUUGACCAUCUGGGUCUUGUUCCUUUACUCCCUUUCCUCUGAACCAAGCUUGUUGGCCUAUUGGAUUUCUCGCUUCAUGCAGAAGCCAUUUGCAUUUUGGGACUUGGGAAAAGUUGCUCUGUUUUCCUCUGUUAAAGACCACAAGGUUAGGGUUUUUAGAAAAUAAGGUUUCUCUACUUUUGCAUUUUCUUCUAUUUCCUUUUUUUUUUUCUUUUAUUAUGAAAGUCUUGUGGAGGUGGUUUUUCAGAGUUUGAGAUUUUCUAUUUGGAGGCUUUGCAAAUUGGGAUUUGUUUCGUGAAAACAUAUCCGCGUCCAAGUUCAUAGUUUAGUACUAGCGUCUGUUCAAAGUAGGAUUUCAGUAUUGUUGAGAGGUUCACUUUGAAAGCUCUGGGAAUGGGUUCUAUUUCAUGGACUAGGCUGUCAGAUAUGCACUGAAAACUUGAUUUUUUUAGGCUUUUGGUUGUAUUAUUGAUGUGGGUCUUCGGUUAUUUUGUGGGAUUGUGUUUGGAUUCUGCGAAAAUGAAUCUAGUUUUGUGACCUGGGUCCCCAAAAUUUUGGUGAAAAAUGGGAUGUACGAACUCCAAAACUGAGAAAAAUGAAGCUCUCCGUCUCUGUAGAGAACGGAGGAGAUUCAUCAAGCAGGCCAUUGAUUCAAGGUACGCUCUAGCAGCUGCUCAUGUAUCUUACAUCCAAUCCCUUAGAAACAUCGGCAUUGCUCUUCGGCGGUACGCUGUGGCCGAGGUCUUGAUAGAGUCAUCUCUAUCGAUCUCGGAUAAGACCCCUUCGCAUUCAUCAUACCCGUCUCCGUCUCCGUCAAAUGUUGUCGACGUUUCUGACUCGCCGUUGCACAACGAGAGCCCCCUUUCGCCGCCUGUGGGGUCCGUGGGGACUUUGAGAUAUAUGAGAUCAGGGGGUACUGCUGCUGUGACUGUUACGUUCAACCCGAGUGUUGGUAAUAGUUAUGUGGAUGGGGAAUCAAUGGCAUUUCCAAUGCCGCCACCACCACCACCUCCUCUUGAGUCAGGUUCUUGGGAUUUCUUUGACCCCAUUGAUGACAGUGAGAGCUUUAGGUUUGUGGGGCACGAUGAUUUGGAUAUGAAUUUAGAUGAUACGAGUGGAUGGAGGCCCCAAUCAGAGCAAAAGGCUGGCGAAACCCCCGGUAAUAUAGCAACUCGAAAUAAUAGCUACAGUCAAUUAGUAGAGCGUCGUGCGCAUUCAAAUGCCUCACGAGGAGUUGAAGGUUCUCACGAAACGAUUGAUGGUAAAGUGAGGCGGCUAGAGUUGGAAUGUAAUGGUAAUGAGUUAGCUGAGACUUUGACGGGUAAAGUUGCUCUUGAACAAUCCAGUUCAAAGAGGGAGAAAGCCUUGGUGGAGAAAGAUUUAUCUGCUGAAAGAGAGGAUCCUUCAGAGUUCAUUACCCACAGAGCUAAAGAUAUUCUUUCGAGCAUAAAGGAUAUAGAGCAUCGUUUCUUCCGAGCUUCUGAAUCCGGUAAAGAGGUCUCCAGGAUGCUCGAGGCAAACAAAAUCAGGGUUGGAUAUUCUGAUGCCGAAGGGAACUCGUCUAUUUUGGAUCUUUUGGGGGCUUUCCAGCUAGUUUGCUGCCAUUGGAAGACUGCUCUUGUUACUCAUGAACCUUCACAAAAUGCAACAAAGGUUAUUACAUGGAAGCGGACAACAUCUUCAAGGUCAUCGUCAUCUAGGAAUCCUCUUGCCGCAGCAUCAAAAGAAGAUGAUGACAGCGGAAGUGAUUUUGCUGAAGAGUUCUGCAUGAUAGCAGGGAGUCAUUCCUCAACCCUCGAAAGACUUUAUGCAUGGGAGAGAAAACUUUAUGAUGAAGUAAAGGCCAGUGAAUCUAUCAAGAAGGCAUACGAUCGGAAGUGCAACCAGCUUCGUCGCCAAUUUGCAAAUGAUUGUAGCAUUCCAGUGAUUGACAAAACCCGGACAGUUGUGAAGGAUCUUCAUUCACAAUUAAGGGUGGCAAUUCAUUCAGUUGAAUCAAUAUCUAAACGAAUUGAGAAAAUUAGGGAUGAAGAGUUGCAACCACAACUUGUAGAAUUAAUCCAGGGAUUGACCAGGAUGUGGAAAGCCAUGCUUGAAUGUCAUCACGCGCAGUACAUCACCAUCUCAUUGGCAUACCAUUCAAGGUCAUCGGCGGGAACUCCCCAAGGAGAUACCCGCACACAGAUAAUGUCUCAACUCCAGAAUGAGAUUGAAUGUUUUGGCUUAAGUUUUGCUAAUUGGAUCAACAGUCUCACAUCAUACGUGGAGGCUCUUAAUGGUUGGCUGCAACACUGUAUCCUACAACCACGAGAACGCUCCAAGAGCAGAAGGCCGUUCUCCCCUCGUCGAGUACUGGCCCCACCUGUAUUUGUUCUCUGUCGUGAUUGGUCAGCUGGGCUUAAAACUUUGCCAUCCGAUGAGCUUAGUAAUGCAAUCAAAGCAUUUUUAUUGGAUGUGUGCCAGUUGAUGGAGCGACAAGCGGAACAACUGCAGAAUAAACAGAAAUCUGAUGAUGCAGAAAUUGGAGAACCAGAGAGCAAAGAUAAUGAGAAGGAUGAUGAUUCUUCUUCAAAUUUGUGCUGCAUACAAACAAGUUUGACAAAGGUUCUUGACCGGCUGAACAGGUUUUCUGAGGCUUCGUUGAAAAUGUACGAAGAUGUUAGACAGAAUAGUGAAGCAGCCCGAAUUGCAUAUUUGAAAGGCAGGCCAACAAGUACAUAAAGUUGUAUGUAAUUAUCUAAUAUAAGCACCACAGUUUGUGGUGUGGUUGGAAUAGAUACCUGUAAAUUUCAUAGUGUUGCAAAGUGCUACUGAGAAACAAUAUGUGGGAGUAUUGUGAGAAUAUUAUUACUGUGGUUAAUUUUUGGGAGGUUUAAGGUGAAAACCCAGAUUUACAGGGUUCAGAGCUAUCUUCGUCA